AGAAUUUCACAAAUCAUUUGAUGCAAACGCUGGAUUAUAAUAUGCAUUUUUCAAUUUUGGACAAAAGGGGCUCAGAUAUUUUCUUUCUAUAAACGUGGAUUAAAACUGUUAAAUAAUUCAAAUUAACUCGUAUAGUAGGUAAUUUAAAAUUCGCACUGAACUAAUUCUCAGACUAGCAACUGUUUACAUAACGACAAGGAGCUUUACAUAUGCGCAAGGAUUUUUGGAGAGCUGCGAGUGCGAACUCUAAUCCACCUUUGAUGCACUCCAGCUCCAAACUCUGCCUUAUUUUUGAUGGCAAGACUGAAUAAUGCCAGUCUAGCAUGGCUGUCUUUCCAUCUCAUGCCACCCGUGGACCGACAUGGCAUAUAGCCGCGUCUUUUCGGACCCUCCGUCCAAGAGCAUCUUUAAGACCUUCGCGGUCAUGUUGCUGUCUAUACUCGCGUCUUUAUACUUUCUCCACUGCCUCACGGAGCGAUGCGGGACCUGUAUACCCACAGAGAAAAGAAACACGGGUCCGGUGGAGGGAUUUUACGCCUCGAAACUUAAAGAUUUUGAGUCCCUGAGGAGAAAGAGACUUCUUCAGAAAUGGACCUCGACGAGACCUCUGGUGAUGAGGCACCACAGCUUAAUCCGCCGGCUCGAAGAGGAUUUACCUGGAAUUGAGGCUGACGGACACAUUUUCCAGGCAGACGUGAAGCUGUCAAACUCUUUGGAUGUAGAUUUGGAGACGGGAGGCUCGUAUUUUGAUACAGGUAAACUGAGUGCGUUAGGUGAGGGCAGUAAGAAGCUGCCUCAGGCGAUCAUCAUCGGCGUGAAAAAAGGCGGGACGCGCGCGUUGCUGGAGUUUCUGCGCGUGCAUCCAGAUAUUCGCGCGGUGGGAGCGGAGCCGCACUUCUUCGACCGUAACUAUGACAACGGAAUGGACUGGUACAGAGACCUGAUGCCUAAAACCCUGGAGGGCCAGAUCACCAUGGAGAAAACACCAAGCUACUUUGUGACCCGCGAGGCUCCGGCCCGGAUCUACGCCAUGUCCCGCGACACCAAGCUGAUCGUGGUGGUCCGGGACCCCGUCACGCGAGCAAUCUCUGACUACACGCAAACGCUGUCCAAGAAACCUGACAUUCCUACUUUUGAGAGCCUGACGUUUAAAAACAGGACUACAGGGUUGAUCGACACCACGUGGAGCGCCAUUCAGAUCGGCAUCUACGCCAAACACCUGGACAACUGGCUGCAGUUCUUCCCCAUGAGCCAGAUCCUGUUCGUGAGCGGAGAGCGGCUGAUCAGCGACCCGGCUGGAGAGCUGGGCCGCGUGCAGGACUUCUUGGGGCUCAAGAGGAUCAUCACAGACAAACACUUCUACUUCAACCAGACCAAGGGCUUCCCUUGUCUCAAAAAGGCAGAGGGCAGCAGCAAACCCCAUUGCCUGGGUAAAACCAAAGGGCGGACCCAUCCAAACAUUGACCCUGAGGUCGUGCAAAGACUUAGAGACUUCUACAGGCCUUUCAACAUGAAGUUCUACCAGAUGACAGGCAGGAAAUUUGGAUGGGAUGACUGACAGUAGACAGUGAAAUAGACCCUGGAUUUUGAAACAAGGGAGAAACAAUCUAACUAUGACCUCACCAGCAACAAAACUAUGAUAAUCCUAAAAGUGGUCCAGUUUGGUUGUGGAAAAAAGUAAAAGUCCACAUCCUCAACUCAAGUUAGGUACAGAAAGCUAUGAACACUGUGAACUGAUUUUUUUUACCCAAUCAGACUUCAGCCAUAUUUUUAAUUUAAACAGCCAUAUACCAUAGUGUAAGAGGACCUAGAAGAGACACCUGAAAGCUAAAGAGAUCCACUCUAGAACUAUGCAUUUGGAUGUUGAACUGUGAAUUACCCACUGUGUCUGGAGUUGGAGAUCAGAUUAGUUCUUUUGCCAUAUUUAAUGUAGAAAAAGACUAGCUGCUUAUAUACCUUUGCAAUUAUUUGGAAGAAAAUAUCAAAAGAAUAAAAAUAAGUGUAUUUUUAAAAAUUAUUUAUUAAACCUAUACAGUUUAACUAUUUUGAAUAAUCUUCACUAAACACCUCCCUUCACUUUUUUUGCACGUGGAGGGUGGGUGAUGUCUUUGUAUUUUGAACCAUAUAACACAAUGCCUUUUCUAAAACAUUUCAUGUGUUUAAAUGUGCAUUUAAAUGUUUACCAUCCUGUUGGCUCAGAGUAAUGUUAUGUCAAAAAUGUUUCUUAUAUUAAUGGAUCAAAGACAAUAAGUCAGCCAAAGUAGUGAACAUGCAGAAUAUGACGUAAUUUCCCUCCAGGUCUGGGUUUUCCAAUUUGUGAUUUGACUGGAUGGCAAGCUUUUAAGAGUCCAUUUAAAGCUGUGUCUGUAUGGUGUGUGUGCGUCAGAGUGUGAGAGUAUAAAGAAAUUCAAUCAGUGUUUCUCCAUUUAAAGGUGAUCUGUGUAAUUGUUUAAUUUUAAAACGCUUUAAAAUCCCACCUAUAAAAGAGCCAUCAAUAGGUUGGUUUUUGCUCUGAAAGUUUAAGGUGGGUGAACCUGUUUGCAAACUUAAAAUCAUUCAUUUUUCCUUUGCAAUAUUAUCAGUGAUAUUAUGCUUUUAUA